UCUGUUUACGAGCCGGCGUCAUUUUGCAAAGCGAAAAAAUUGCUAUUUUUUCACAACAAUUGUAAGAAAAUAAAAGUAAUGGCUGCAGCAAUUGAUGGUGUGCUGCCUGCAACACUACAGGAAUUGGUAAAAAAAUCAAAAAUUCUGGUUGUGGGCGCCGGUGGCAUUGGCUGUGAGGUGCUGAAAAAUCUUGUACUUAGCGGCUUUACAGAAAUUGAAAUUAUCGAUUUGGAUACCAUUGACUUGAGCAAUCUGAAUCGACAGUUUUUGUUUCAUCGCGAGCAUGUGGGCAAGUCAAAGGCGCGCGUGGCAAAAGAGAGUGCGCUCAGCUUUAAUCCGGAUGCAAAUAUAACAGCAUAUCACGACAGUGUGACCUCUACGGACUAUGGUGUGAGUUUCUUCAAAAAAUUUGAUGUGGUGCUCAGUGCUUUGGAUAAUCGAGCGGCGCGUAAUCAUGUGAAUCGCAUGUGCUUAAAUGCUGACGUUCCAUUGAUUGAAAGCGGAACCUCUGGGUACAAUGGCCAAGUGGAGUUGAUUAAGCGAGGCCUUACUCAGUGCUAUGAGUGCACACCUAAGGAGAAACAACGCAGUUUUCCAGGUUGUACCAUACGCAAUACACCAUCCGAGCCAAUACACUGCAUUGUCUGGGCCAAGCAUUUGUUCAAUCAACUUUUUGGCGAAUCUGUUGAGGAUGAGGAUAUUUCGCCCGAUGCCGCUGAUCCGGAAGCACAGGAAGAUGCUGAUAAACAGGCAGAUGGAGAUGCCUCUUCUGAACUCGAGUCUAAGGCAGUGGAGUCUGCCAAUGGUAAUGUGGUGCGCAUUAAUACUCGCCAGUGGGCCAAGGAUUGUAACUAUGAUGCGGGCAAGUUGUUUAAUAAGUUCUUCAAUGAUGACAUCAAUUAUUUGCUGAAAAUGUCGAAUCUCUGGAAGACCCGCAAGGCGCCAGAGCCCGUGCAAUGGGAGACACUACUCCCAGAGGGUAUAACUAACACUGAAUCCCUAUCAGAGCUUGCGCGUCAGCAUCAUAAGCUCUGGAGCGUGGAGGAGUGUGCACAAGUGUUUGCGCAUGCCCUUAAGGAAUUAAGUGCUGCUCUCAAGCUGGAGGCGGAUAAUAUUUUGGUCUGGGACAAGGACUUUCCGCCAUCCAUGGACUUUGUGGCAGCAUGCGCAAAUGUGCGCUCUCAAAUCUUCAAUAUAGAGCGCAAGACACGUUUCGAGAUCAAAUCCAUGGCAGGCAACAUUAUACCCGCCAUAGCAACAACAAAUGCAAUUACGGCAGGCAUCUCAGUCAUGCGUGCUUUUAGCGUACUUAAUGCCAAGUGGGAACAGUGCAAGGCUGUCUAUGCGCGCCUACGCCUUAAUGGACGUCAACAGUUUCUCGUUCCCGACGGCUUCUUUCCACCACCCAAUCCCAAUUGUUAUGUGUGCGCGAGCGAUCCGGCCAUCACUUUGCGUAUUGAUACCAAGCGCGUGCAGAUGAAAGCAUUCCGUGAUGAUGUGCUUAUUAAAACCUUGAACAUGCUUAAUCCGGAUGUUACCGUGGAAUCUACGGGCUCAAUAGCCAUCUCCUCGGAGGAAGGGGAAACCACUUGCAAUGAACCAAAAUUGCUCAGCGAGAUGAACAUUGUCGAUGGUGUUAUACUUAAAUGCGAUGACUUCUUUCAAAACUAUGAGCUUAGCAUUAUUAUAGCGCACUUUGAUGCCGAGCGUGAUGAAGCUCUUUUCGAAGUUAUAGCUGAUAAAAGUCAAUUGCAACCCAAGGAGGAGGAGCCUGAGCAGCCGAAGGAGCAGGAGCCCAGCUCUAGAAAACGUGCAGCCAAUGGCUCCGAUAUUACCGAUGAAGGUCCCUCAACUUCGAAGCGCAGUCGUCCUACGGAGAUUGACGACAGCGACGACGAUUGUCUGGUUGUGGAAGAAGAUGAAGACGCGGAGGAGGAGCAGAAAUCUAAGCUGGAUGAUGUGGCUGAAGUGGUAAGCGAUGCCACAGCUAAGCUUAGCGUGGAAAGCAUUCCCAAGACUGCCGCUAAACGAAAACCCACUAUUGAAUCGGAGCAAGAGGAUAUCAUGGAAAUACUCGAUUCGUCGGACGAAGAGCCGGCCGUACCAACAAAAAGAAAGCGCACAAAACUGGAUGAUGAUACGUCCUGUGUAGAAGUCAUCAGUAUUGAUUGAUUUAUAUAUGCAAAAAAACCUUAAUUUAACAAAAUAAAGAGUAUUUUAAG